GCCGGCGCCCGGAGCAGAGCCCGAGAUCCCUCGCCACCGCGCCGGAGCUCCCACUAGCCGAGCUCGCAAAAGCCGCUGCCUUCCCUCCCUCUCCUCGCGCGCUCGGGGGAGCACCGGAGCCGGCGGCGCGCGCCAUGGGGUCGGUGUCCCUGAAGCUGCCGGCGUCCCGCCGCCGCCACGGCGGGCCCCUCUCCUGCCUCUGCUCCCCGGCGCCGCUCAACCUCCUCAUGCUGCUCUCCCUCCUCUGCACCAACCUCCUCGCCUUCUUCGCCUUCUUCGCCGCCCCUCCCCGCCACGACCCCGCCGCCAGCACAACCCCCACCUCCAACCUCUCCGCCCACGUCGCCGCCAUCGCGCUCGAGAUCGGCGGCGCGUCCUCCUCCUCCGGCGCCCGCCUCCCGGACGGCCUGCCCCCGGAGCUGCUCCUCUUCCUCACCCCGCACGCGCUGCCGCUCGGCCGCGACGCGCGCACGGGGCUCACCCACAUGCCGGCCUCCGUCGCGGCCUCCUGCCUCCGGUCCCCGUCCGCGCUGGCGCUCCUCUCGGCCUUCAUGUCCUACGCGCCCCACUCCGCCUGCCCGCGCAACGCCACCCUCCCGCGCCGCCUCGUCUCCAAGGGCUGCGAGCCGCUGCCCCGCCGCCGGUGCCUCUCCCGCGGGCCCCGCGCCCCGCUCCCGGCCUCCGGCAUGGGCCUCGACCACCGCCGCUGGGCCGGCCCCGCGCGCGGCGGCCACGAGUUCCUCGCCGACGACGUGCUGCGCCUCAGCGCGUCCAAGAUCCGGAUCGGCCUCGACGUCGCCGGCGGCGCCGCCAACUUCGCCGCCCGGAUGAGGGAGCGCGGGGUCACCGUCGUCACCUCCGUGCUCGACGGCGCCGGGAAACCGAUGAACGAGUUCGUGGCGGCGAGGAGCCUGUUCCCGCUGCUGCUCUCGCCGGCGCACCGGUUCCCCUUCUACGACGGGGUGUUCGACCUGGUGCACGUGGGCACCGCGGCGCUGGACGAGGCCGGGGCGCCCGCGAUGGGGCAGGCGGCGACGCCGGAGGCGCUGGAGUUCUUCAUGUUCGACGUCGACCGGGUGCUGCGCGCCGGCGGGCUGCUCUGGAUCGACAGCUACCUGUGCCAGAGCGAGGAGAAGAGGCGGGUGGUUGCCAAGCUCAUUGACAGGUUUGGUUACAAGAAGCUCAAGUGGGUCGCCGCAGAGAAGGCCGGUGGCGCGGCGACAUCAACCUACCUCUCCGCGGUGUUGCGAAAGCCGGCAAGAAGCUGAAAUCAUUCACAAGGAUUGUUCAGUCCAGGCUCCUUGAUCAGAGGUUAUUACGGUGCUUUGCUUCUUCUGGAGCAGGGAGGAACACAACCGAUUUUUAUCAUCAGAAACCAAUCAAAAUAUAGUUGUCGGUGCAUUUCAUACAGCCAUAGCGUCACUGAUUUUCAGUCUUCGGAUUUCUGAUGGUCCAAGGCGUCUAGAAAAGGAGGAUACACUAUAUCUCCGAAGUACAUGUGAAGUUUUCUUAACCGCAGACUGAAGAGUUGCCAUGUAAAAGUUUUUUGCCGAACAUAAAACUAUCAAUUCUAGGAGCACCAUCUGAUGAAAUCAGGGAUUUCUGCGCUUUCCUUCCCUGUACAUACACAAUCUGCUUGCCUACAAAAUGAAGGUCAGGAUGAGUGAAUGGCUGUAUCAGCCGGGAGCAGCACUUCCUUCUUGGAAUGUAAAUUAUGAGCUUCCACAUACACAUCUCCUCCAAAGUGUAAAGGCUGCCUGAAAUGCUGCAUUGUUACCGUUAUGCGACGUACAUCAUGUUAUGCCUAUAUAGACCUGUUAUAAUGUUCCCCCCUGUUUGCUCUCA